UUCCAGCCUUCCCCUGGAGCGUGUGAGCCCAGGAGCCAGUUUGCAUGGCUGUCCCCAUCCCACCCUGCUAGUUUCAGGACAUGGCGGAGCAGAUCCAGUUCCUUUGUGCCAACCCCCGCAUGUGCUUCACCACACGGAAGAGUGGGCAGGACAACCUGGAGCUGCCCAGCUCCAAAGCUGCCCUGGCAGAGGGGAUUGCAGAGCUGAUUGAGUUGCUGCCCUUGGACUCUGCGCCCAGCUCCGUCCUCUCCAACUCCAUGGUCACCAUGUGCAACCUCAGCGAACUGCAGCCAUCUCAGGAUCCAGAGCUGGAGUCUCACUCCUGCAGGCCACCAUGCACAGUGUGUCACCGUGGCCACGGACAAGGACCAUCACAUCCAGGCAUUGCACAAGACCUUGGCGGAGAACCUGGAUAUAAUGCUGAGGAGCCUGCUGGCAGCGUCCCCCAAUACUGACUAGCUCCAGCACAUCUUAGAGAUGAGCAUGAUGGGGAUGGGCCAGGGAAUUCUGUGGGGGGCUGCAAAGGAGAGACUGGAAGAUCCAUGUUUCCAGGGUGUCCCCCUAGCUGGGAUCCCAUGGGGCCAGCUUGGCCAGUAUACUCAGUGCCUGCAAUGCUGUCCUCCUUCUGGGAAUAGAGGGAAGGAACCUGGCUCUGCAUGGCUGCUGCAGCGCCUCCUUUUGGCUGGAUGUGGUGUAGCCAUUCACAGCAUACCAGGCUGGCUUGGGGAGCAAGAGCCUCAACCCUAGUGAGAUCCAGGGGAUGGUCCUGAGAGAAGAGUCACUGGCUUCUUCCUAGGAAGACCCUGAGAUACAGGAAGGUCCUCGGGGAAUCAGCUACUUUUCUCCCAGGAACACUGAGACCCUGGGGGGAUUGUCCUCACCACCACUCACUCUGUGACUCUUAGGGCUUCAGAGCAGGGAGGGGGUCAGGGGUCUGACUCCUGCCUGAUGAGCUGUUCAUGAGUCAGGGGAGCAGAGAGGGUGAGACCAGCCCCAAGACCGAAUAUUGUCCCAAUCUACAGUGACUGGCAAGUCACAAAGAGUGUCCUGAGUGCAGCAAAUCCCUUCUCAAGCCCUGAGAUCAGUGAGUCGGCCAUUUCCACCAAGCACAAAGUCUUUAGCCGCUGGAGGUCUCUUUUAUACAGCAUGUGGGCCUGCCCUUUCACCAUGACCUGCCUCCUCCUCCCACAGCACAUCGGCUUCUGCAUCCACUCCAGAGUCACCCAGAAGAAAGCCAGAGCCAUAAAACCAGCACUGGCCUGCUGCAAUACGCCAGCCACCUCCCAGGAUUUAACACAAGUGACCUUUGACCCUGAGCGUAGGCAGGGCUGGCUCUGGCAAGACUGUGGGAGCUAGGGGCUCUGGGCUGGGAUGCAGUCAGAGCUGGGAAUCAGAUGAUCAAUAGGCAAGUUCUUCUUCUCCUGGCUAGGUGGUGCUUCCUGGGUCUAGGGAACUGUUCCACAGCUGCUCCAGCCUGAUUGUGCCUGGCCGUGGUUCGUUCUUGUUGUUCUGGAGCAGCUGGGGUGUGUGUGUUCUCAUGCAGGGCUCUGCCCUAGUUCCUCUUCUCCAGGCUCUAUUCAGGACAGAGGGAAUUAGGGCUCUAGCUCCUUUCCCCAUGUGCCCCUACACAGAGCCUGGGAAGGCCAAGACUCCUGGCCUGGGAUAGACUGGGAGCUGAAGGUGAAAGACUAAUGGAUUCACCCUCCUCUUCCUUCUCCUAGAACUCCUCCGAGUUCCCCUACACAAUUAACUCUUUACUGUUGGUGAUCCAGCUGCAAGCUGCUGAGACUGAAAUCAAAGACUUGCCGUCCGAGUUUGAGCUGGAGAAGUUUGAUUAUCUCCCCACCAUUCGCCGAAGGAGCGGGACUGCUUGCUCUUUCAGCAGCUUCUGGAUCAGGUACAGCCCGUCAUGUGGCAUGACAGUAACUACAGCAACCUAGAUAAGAUCAGACACGAGUCGGUCUGGGAUGAGGACAGCGGCUGCUGAAAACUCCUGGAGCCUGUCAUUCAAAAAACCAGCCUCCCUGCAGUUAAGAAAGCAGUUCCAUCACUGCCACAGACUAAGCCAGCCAGGAAGAGCGCCUCAGGCGAGAACGGAGAGCUGCUGAUGCAUUCUUCAUUCUGCCUAUCAUGAGUUCCAGUCAAAAAGGGGAGAAACAGGAGCUGCCAAAGUCACUGGAGCUAAGCAAAGGUCUAAAGCAGCUGUACCAGCACCAGUUGCUCUGUGAUGCCACGUUAGUGUGUGAAGGAAGGAAAUUCUCCUGCCAUAGAGUACUGCUAGCAGCUGUCAGUCCUUACUUUAAGGAUAUUUUCACAAGCUCCUGCAAAGAAUCCCAGGGUGGAGAAGUUGUGCUGCAGGAUAUGGCUCCUUCCAUCCUCCAAAGCAUAUUAAAAUAUAUCUACACAGAAGAGCUAUCACUUAGUCUAGAGACAGCCCCAGAUCUGUUUGCAGCAGCCAGCAAGCUACAGAUCCUCCCCCUAGUGGAGAUCUGCUGCAGGUUUCUUUUGAAGACCAUUUCCAUACAGAACUGCAUUGGGCUGUACAGACUGGCUCAGGCUUACAACCACCAAGCUCUCCUUUAUGCUACCAUGCAGCUCAUCACCCUAAACUUUGGAAGGUUCUGUGAGGAUGACGACUUCUUGAGUCUGGACGUCAGCAGUUUAAUCACCAUCCUGUCUUCAGAUGGCCUUGCAGUUGCUUCUGAGUUAGAAGUGUACCAGGCUGUGCGUCGCUGGAUACAGUUUCAACCCACCACAGGCCGCUCCCUCCUCAAUGAGCUGAUGAGCUGGAUUCAGAACGGUAUGGGGAUGUUCAGCUUCACUGGAAGCAGUUGGACAGUGAAGAGAGGUUGCUCGAGAGCGGGGGACUCAGACAGGGCAUGUCUGAUGAACUGA